UCUUGCAGAGAGAGAGGGUCUAAGAUGAGGAAUAAUCAAGAAACUUGUUCAUACUGUUGGGUUUUCCUCUCUGAGCUCUUCAAAUGGAAUGGGGGUCUGAUUCCAUCUCUGUGUUUCUGCUGAAUCCUUGAAUCAAAAGGACAAAAAAAAAAAAAAAAUGAAGUUCGGGAAGGAGUUCGUAUCACAGAUGGUGCCCGAAUGGCAAGAAGCAUACAUGAAUUACAAUUUUCUGAAGGGUUUGUUGAAAGAUGUGUUGAGGUUCAGGCAGCAGAAUAUGUUGACAGCGGCCAUGUCUGUCACACCUAGAUCCUCAUUGAAGAGAAGGGUGUCAUUGUACAGGGCGUUUAGUGGGCUUACAGGUAGAUACAGAGGGUCUCCUAGGAAGAACAAUGAGGAUGAAGCAAUACUGGUGAGCGCAGUGGAGGAAGAGGGGUCAGAAGGGCACUACCAGACCAUGUUUUUGAUGUCAUCUGAAGCAGGAGGAGAGUAUGAGCUUGUGUAUUUCAGGAGGCUUGAUGAAGAGUUCAACAAAGUGGUGAAGUUCUAUAAAGGGAAGGUGGAGGAAGUGAUGAGGGAGGCAGAGGAGCUGAACAAGCAAAUGGAUGCUCUCAUUGCUCUUCGGAUCAAGGUGGAGAAUCCACCGGUGGGGUUUGGAGGAGGAGGAGGAGGAGGUGGUGAUGGUUCUGGCCCAGCAGAGAGGCUUAAUCAUCAGGACAAUGGAAGAAAGCCCGGAAGGGUGCAUAUGGAUGCAAUCCAAGAAGUUGAGAUGAGCAGUGGGGCAAAUGGGGCAAAUUCAGAAGAUGAAAGAGGGAGGAGGAACAUGGCGAAAAGCAGCAAAGGCAGAGAGGGCAAGCCAGAUAUUGAGGGCUUUAAACCAGCUUCACUAGAUAUCUUGAAUCAUGUCAAGAUCAACAUUGAACGAGAAACUCCAAUAUCAACUUUGAAGGGCAUUCUCACAACUUCAACGUCUGAUUCGUCGUUCAGCAAGGAAGAGCUGAGGAAAGCAGAAGAGCUAAUAACCAAGGCGUUUGUUGAAUUCCAUAAAAAACUUCAGGUUCUAAAAAGUUACUGCUUCUUGAACCAGUUAGCAUUCUCUAAGAUCAUGAAGAAGUAUGACAAGAUCACUUCAAGGAAUGCAUCGAAGGCCUACCUGGAGAUGGUGGACAAUUCGCCUAUAGGAAGCUCAGAUGAGGUUACUAAGCUUGUGGAGAGGGUGGAGGCUACCUUCAUCAAGCACUUUGCAAAUGGAAACCACAGAAAAGGAAUGGAUAUUUUGAGGCCUAAAGCUAAGAGGGAAAGGCAUAGAGUAACAUAUUUCUUGGGUUUCUUCUCUGGUUGCUCCAUAGCACUUGUGGUUGCCAUUGUUGUAAUCAUACAUGCCAGAGAUAUCAUGAAGAACCCAGGCCGUGCUCUGUAUAUGGACAACAUAUUUCCACUCUACAGCUUGUUUGGAUUCAUUGUGCUACAUAUGCUCAUGUACUCUGCAAACAUAUACUUCUGGAGGCGGUAUCGGGUCAAUUACACAUUUGUAUUUGGUUUCAAGCAAGGAACAGCUUUGGGUUACAGAGAAGUUCUUCUUCUUAGUUCUGCUCUUUCAGUACUCACAUUGGGCGGUGUCCUGUCAAACUUGGAUAUGGAGAUGGACGAAAGAACUAAAAGCUUCAAAGCAUUAACAGAAUUAGUCCCUUUAGGCAUAGUCAUUGUUUUGCUUCUUAUAAUCUUCUGUCCUUUCAACAUCAUAUACCGAUCAAGUCGCUUCUUCUUUAUCCAGUGCGCAUUUCACUGUAUAUGUGCUCCCCUUUACAAGGUCACCCUCCCUGAUUUCUUCUUGGCAGAUCAGCUUACAAGCCAGGUUCAGGCUUUUAGGAGUCUAGAAUUCUAUGUCUGCUACUAUGUCUGGGGGAACUUCAAAACAAGAUCACACAAGUGCCCUGAAAGUAAAGUUUUCGAAGAUUUUUAUCUUGUUGUAGCAGUGAUUCCAUAUGCGUUUCGCCUCCUUCAGUGUUUUCGGCGCUGGGUUGAUGAGAAAGAUCCAAGUCAUGUGCUUAACGGGCUGAAGUACUUCUCAACGAUUGCUGCAGUUGUCUUGAGGACGGCUAAUGAGCUACGGGGGGGAAUGAUUUGGAAAAUCAUGGCUGCAGCCAGUUCAGGCAUUGCAACCAUUGCCAAUACGUACUGGGACAUCGUCAUAGACUGGGGUCUUCUACGUUGGAACUCAAAAAACCCUUGGCUGAGGGACAAGCUCCUUGUACCCUCCAAAAGUGUCUACUUCAUAGCCAUGGUGUUGAAUGUCAUUUUGAGACUAGCUUGGAUGCAGACAGUGAUGGGUAUUCGAGAUUUUCCUUUCAUGCAUAGAACAGCAUUGGUUGCAGUGGUUGCCUGCUUGGAGAUCAUUCGUCGUGGCAUCUGGAACUUCUUCAGGUUGGAGAAUGAGCACCUGAACAAUGUGGGGAAGUACAGGGCAUUCAAGUCAGUCCCUCUGCCUUUCAACUAUGACGACAACUCUGCCGGCAAGCAUGCAUAGGAAACCAAAAGCAUAGAAAGGGAUGCUAGAAAGCAAGAUGAGAUUAUGUUUCAUGGAAAAUAUCAUUCAUCUUUUCCUUUAUUCUCUUUUUUCUUGUUUGUUUGGUGAGAAUGGAAUGGAACAGUAAAUAUUAAGGUAGCCUAUUGUACGUAGAGCAAAAGGUUAGAGAUGUAAGGGUUGCAGCUUUAUUUAUUACAAGUAAAUGAAAGUACACACUGCCAGUCAGUUUCCACUCA